UCCCAUGGUAAAGGUACAGAUACACAACAAAACUACCCCUAUAGCCUCACAUACGGUCAAAUAUUGAUUUACAAUUAAGUAUUCUUUUAAAAUCAGUGUGUUAAACAGUGAACGAGAGCUGCACUGUAUUAUUGCUUCUUUACGUGUUUCAUUUGAACGAAGCUCAGACCCGAGCAGCAGCAGAAUGUCGGAAAGUCCCACUGCGAAGAAACAGAAGCUCUUCUCAGCCGCGGCUGAAGAGAAAGUCAACUGGAAGAAGCUAAAAGCUGAAAACAAAGAACAGAAGAAGAAAUGGAAGGAGGCCAAGCUGAUCAGUCAGCUGGAGAAAGCCAACAAGGCGAAGGAGGAAGAGGAGAAAGAGCAGCAGCAGCUUAAAGAAGAGCAGAAAACCAAUGGUCGGUUGUACACAGUGAGUAUUGCACUACCAGGCUCUGUUCUGGACAAUGCACAGUCUCCUGAGCUGCGGACGUACCUGGCCGGACAGAUCGCACGUGCCUGCACUGUGUUCUGUGUGGACGAGGUGGUCAUAUUCGACGAGCAGGGGGAGGACACAGGGACAGUGGAAGGAGAGUUUAAAGGUGUGGGGAAGAAGGGCAAGGCCUGCGUUCAGCUGGCCAGAAUCCUGCAGUAUCUGGAGUGUCCACAGUAUUUGCGGAAAGUGUUUUUCCCCAAACACCCUGACCUACAAUUUGCUGGUUUGUUGAAUCCUCUGGACAGCCCCCAUCACAUGCGCAUUGAUGAUGAAGCAGAGUUUAGAGAGGGUGUAGUGGUGGAUCGACCAAGUAAAGCAGCAGCAGGCUCUUUUGUCAACUGUGGAAUGAGAAAGGAAGUUAAGAUUGAUAAGCAGCUUCAGCCUGGUCUGAGAGUCACUGUACGAAUGAUUAAGAAUCAAAAUACAGAAAGUAAGGUGUAUAAGGGUGUAGUGGUGGCUCCUCACGUUCCCAGGACAGAGGCUGGACAGUACUGGGGUUAUAGUGUCCGUCUGGCAUCCUGCCUCAGUGCUGUAAUGACAGAGUGUCCAUUUAAAGAUGGCUACGAUUUGACCAUUGGGACAUCUGAGAAGGGAAGCAAUGCUGACCUGACCCCUCUGCCUCAGUUCAGGCACAUGCUAGUGGUGUUCGGAGGUCUGCAGGGGCUGGAGGCGAGUGUAGAAGCAGAUUCAAAUCUGGAAGUGACCGACCCCAGUGUGCUCUUUGAUCAGUACCUCAACACGUGCCCAGGCCAGGGCAGCCGCACCAUUCGCACUGAGGAGGCCAUAUUGAUCUCCCUGUCCUUACUGCGUCAAAAAAUCGCCACUGGAUUCUGUGACCAAGCUAAACAAUGACCAAAUGUGAAACUGAAGAUAUACGAUUACAAACUUCGUGUUGGAGAUUGGGACACAGUCAAAGAAAAUUGUAGAACAAGAUGAACUUUUCCUGUUGUGUAAAUUAUGCUAUCAAUCAAGUGAGAUAAAUAAAACAUAAAACAUAAAAAAUAAAACAAGAACAAAAAAUUCAAGAGACUGUGAUUUUUUUUAAAGGUAUAUAAUCUUUGUAAGACACAUUAUGUACAGAACAUUCCUAAAGAGUGACAAGCACAAGAACACAAUCAAGAAGUGAUGUCAUCAUAUCAGUCAUGUUACAUUCCACGCAUUAUUCAUGUCCCUCAGGCCUUGUCCAGAAUCCAUCCCUGCUCCCUUCUUUCCUGAACUUUUUUCUUUUCAUACUAGCUCCACAUAAAAGGAUAAUCAGUGUGAUUAAUUUGGUGCUAAAAUACUAAGUUUGAUGAGGCUUGUUUGCAACACCUUUGUUAUGCACACCUUUUUUUUU